CUCACACACGCCUUUACUCCUUCCCUUGUUCGCAUCACUGCCCACAGGUAUUCCGACGUCCUCUACGUGAAGGAAAGCCGGGCGGAACUCUCUCAACUGGCCCAUAUAGCUGCGCGCAACGACAAAUAUCGACCUGAGACCUGUUGCAUCAUCGGCAACUACUACUCUUUAAAGGGUCAACAUGAGCGUGCUGUCUUAUACUUCCAAAGAGCCCUUAGACUGAACCGAAAGUUCCUGUUUGCCUGGCGUAUCGCCGGGCCGUGGACAUCAACCCCCGCGAUUAUCGGGCGUGGUACGGGCUAG